AUGAAGAUUCCAUAUCACAAUGCUCAUGUCUGUAAGGGCAUUAUAUUUGCCGGCAGGUCUGGCCAACUUCACUCCUUCAACGCCCAAGACGGCAGUUACAUCUCGACUUGGAAACACCCAGAUGCGGAGAAGGUCUCCGAUGCUUUCAAAGCCAUAGCUGAAGCAGAAAAGGUUGAGGCGGAAAAGGCUGAAACAGUCAAGGAGGAUCCAUCCUCCGCCGCUCAAGAAGAUGGAGAUGAGCCUCCUGCUAAAAGGCAGAAGACCGUUGAAGCAGAAGAGACGGAAUCUGCACCCACUGAAAAAUCGCCUGUCGGUGAGGCAAAGGGCAAGGACCAAGCAGCAAAGAAGAAGGCACAGGCCCGGGGUGCAAGGUCGGCCGUAUCCAAGGUGCCGGAUCGCCCUCUUAUCGCACACAUCACCAGCACUGCAGAUGGAAAGCAUGUUGUAGUCGUCACAGCCCAUGACAAGGCUAUCUGGGUCUUUGAGCAUGACUUGGCAGGCAACCUGAAGGAGCUUAGUAAGAGAGUCAUGCCCAAACGCCCAAGCUCCGUUGUUUUAGGCCCUGAUUCUCAAAUUAUCUGCGCCGACAAGUUUGGCGAUGUCUACGCCGUUCCCUUGAUUCAGUCAGAAACAUGGACGCCUGCACCUUCUCGGCAGGUUGUCGCUAAGCCUGAAGCCAAUCCCCUAACAGUUCAUUCAAAGCGAAAUCUUGCGUCGCUGAAAUCGCAAUUGAAGCAGAUUGAACUCAACAAAAGGGACAUCCCAAACGCAGAUGGCCCAGCAUUUGAACAGACAUUGUUGCUUGGUCACGUUUCGAUGCUGACCAAGGUCGUUCUGGGAGAGCAAGAAGGUCGAAGAUAUGUUCUCACCGCUGAUCGAGAUGAGCAUAUCCGAGUCUCGCGCUACAUCCCUCAAACACACGUCAUCGAGGCAUUCUGUCUGGGCCAUAAGGAGUUCGUUAAUGCCCUAACGAUCCCCAGGUCGCGAAACAACAUUCUUGUUUCUGGUGGUGGUGAUCCAAACCUCUUCGUAUGGAAUUGGCCAUCAGGCAAACUCCUUUCCCAGACCGACAUUCUUUCGCUCGCUCAAAGAGUAUUCCCAACAACGUCCGAGGUCGCAGUUUCUCAACUGGAAUCGUUUGAUCACCCAUCAGACUCCGGCAAGAUUACUUUCAUCCUAGCCAUCUUUGAAAACAUCAAAGCAAUUUUCGCUUGGGAGUUGACCGACGAGAAUACUUUGAGCCAUCCCAGCAUCAUCCAACUUCCAGGGAACCCUCUCCAUCUCGCUUUCAACUUGGAGGAUGAGAGCUCGCCCAAAGUCGUCGUCACUCUCGAUCCUGGGAGCGAAGGUGCCGCUCCCAGCUUGAACAUCUACUCCUUCCAAUUGAGCGAGGGCACGUUAGCCAUCGAUACAACGAGCAGCGUUUCAGAGAGUGCUGCGGGAGAGUCGGAGGAUCUUGUUGCAACUGAGACUGAAGUGAAGGCCCUUCUCUACACAGCAGAACAUCUACGGAAGAAAACUGGUGAACCUGAAGAGGAGGGAGAAAAGGCUCCCGAGGCUAGCACUGAGGGCCAAGAGUGA